AUGACGAAUCCUCUACAAUGUCCGAAGUGUCAGACAGUCCUUACCAGUGCAAAUUACCUGGCGAACCAUCUCAAAAAGCCCCCCAAGUACUGCAAGCGGGCCGCAGAGCAACGGCUACGAUCCCAGCAAGCCAGGCGCAGUACCACCCCCACCACCCAACAGCGAGCCAGCCAAAAAGAUUUGCCAGCACGACUUGCUGAGCUACGCGAACUUGUCCAUCUACCAGAUCACAUCCCCAAAAGUGUACGCGUGAUUGUGGCCGAAGCAUUGAACAGCACCCUGGAAAACGUCGCUUCCAGCAACUCCAUCGAAGCAUGGACCGAUCUCCUCGUGUUCAGCUACGCAACUCUCGGGCAACCAAAAGCAGCUCCUGGUGAAAGAUCAGACAUGACUUACCCCAAUGUGAUACGUCAGAAUCUGCAGCAGAAAAACCCUCCAGAAGCCAAUCAGGGAGAACCACGCAGGCAGGCACAGCCUGCAACGGACCCUGAAGAUCCAGUGCGCCUCCGCAAGCGAGUUAGUCGCAAGCUUCAGGACGGAAAUGUAGCUGGCGCUGUACAGCAGCUGGUGAGUGAAGAGUCAGUGAUGCCGCCAUCCGAUGAUACCUAUUCGCAGUUACUCGGAAAACACCCCCAAAACCCGUCGAAUGUGCAACCGCCCUCGGGUGUUGCAACCCCACUGCCACCUCCCGUGACUCCCGCUGAAAUUUUGGAAGCUAUCCGCGCGUUCCCGAAUGGAUCGGCAGCAGGUCCAGACGGGAUGCGGCCGCAGUAUUUGAAAGAGCUGACAACAGUGAAGAACCAAGAAACUACCAAAAAAUUGUACAGUUCGUUGGCUGGUGUAACGAACAUCAUGCUAAGGGGUGAGGUACCCCUUGAAAUCGCAAAAAUUCUGUAUGGAGCGAAUCUGUUCGCCUUUAAAAAGAAAGACGGAGGUACUCGCCCUAUCGCUGUUGGUACGGCACUCAGACGGAUCAUGUCUCGUACCGUGUCUUUCCGAUCAUCACACCUGAACAGCGUCUUGCAACCUGUCCAACUGGGUUUCGCAACGAAAGGAGGCGCGGAGGCAGCAGUCCACGGCGCACGCUACUUCAUAGAAGACGCUAUAAACGGAGACAGACCGCAGGUUUUUCUUAAGCUGGACGUGAAAAAUGCCUUCAAUUCUCUCGACAGGAAUCGAAUUUUGGAAGCUACAGAAGAGUUUUUACCAGCAUACUCCCUGUACGUGCGCCAGUGCUACGGUGAACCGUCAGUACUGCUCCAUGGAGGCUACCAAAUUUCGUCGCAAGCGGGUAUACAGCAAGGCGAUCCCCUCGGCCCGCUACUGUACUGUCUAGCAACAAUCGGCCCACAUAAAAACCUCAAAUCGAAGUUGAAGGAAAGUUUCCUCGACGAUGACGCGCUUGGUGGGGACCCAGAUGACGUCUACGACGACCUGUGUUUUCUGAAGGAAGAGCUGGAAAUGCGCGGCCUGGCGUUGAAUAUCGCGAAAUGCGAAUUGGCUGUUGUGGGAGGCACCGAAGAUGAACGCCAGGCUGUUAUCACAGCCUUCCUCCAGUCUUUUCCCGAUCUCCAGUGCCCACAGUUGGGCGAGCUGCAGUACCUGGGCGCUCCACUCCACGAUGCUGCCGUGGCGGGGGCGCUUACCACAGCGACAGCACAAAUUGCCCGAAUUGUGCGGCGACUGAAAUUACUACCGGCUCAUCACGCCCUGUACCUACUGAAAUGCAGCAUGGGACCGAGAGGACUACUGACCGAAUUCGACGUAAUGAUUCGUGAAUGCCUUUCGGCAAUCACCAACGUGAACAUCACCGACGUGAACUGGGUGCAGGCAUCCCUUCCAGUUGCAGAAGGUGGUCUCGGUAUCCGGAGUAUUGAGAAGCUUGCUCUUCCGGCCUUCUUGGCCUCGGCUUACUCAGUGACCCGACUGGCAACCGAAAUAACCGACUUCGAUCCGGAAGUGUACUGCGGCACCGCCGAAGCUGAGUGGCAGCGUGUAACGGAAGCCGAUCUUCCAGCUGUGGAAGCCCGAAAAUUUCAGAAAAUGUGGGAUGAACCAGUCAUCCAAACUUCCGUGAAGAUGCUUUCUGAAAAGGCCCAGUCCGACAUUUCUAGCCAAGCACGGCUCCUGGGUGUUAGCACCAAGGACAACGGAGCAUGGCUGGAUGCACUUCCAACUGCAUCACUGGGAAAUCUCCUGAACGACUCUGCAUUAAGAAUCGCUGUUGGCCUGCGUCUUGGAACACCGAUCGUUACUCCGCACCGAUGCAUUUGCAGUGAAUGGGUGGACGCACGAGGCUACCACGGCUUGAGCUGUAAGAAAAGUCGGGGCCGGAAGUCACGACACAGCAGCUUAAACGCGACGCUCAAACGAGCCUUCGCCUCCGCCACCAUUGAGACUGAACUCGAGCCUUUGGGUAUAUCGCGAACCAACGGCAAACGCCCAGACGGAGUCACCUUAGUGCCAUGGGAACGAGGGGAGUUGGGUGUGCCGCCGGCGCAGCUUGUUGUGCAGCCGGGGCGGGUGGUGGAUUGA